AUGGAGUCGACCGAAGCAAUCUCGACACCCACCACUGCGGCUAUGGAUCUACUAAAUCGUCAAGAUUUUAUCGACAUGAACGAAGAAAUGCACGAGUACGACGAGAUGCGUGAAAAGAUCAUCAAGCGCUCACGUGAGAUCCUCAAAGCCAGCAAGCAGGCAAUUUUUGCGUUGCAUCGAGGAGACAGAGUCGAAGCUUUAAAGCUGUUAAGUGAUGCGGAAAAGGUGAUUCCAGAGCUGGUGGCACUGACAGAAAAGAAUUCGUCGUUGCGAGACGGUUCACUGGCGUCUUCCCUUGAGGAAUAUGCAGAGGCCAAGUGCUUCUAUUAUUAUCUGGAUACCAAGUGUCUGUUACCACGUCAAGAUGUCCCGAUCGUGGACAAGAACGAGUAUCUUGGCGGCGUUAUUGACUUUACCGGAGAAUUAAUGAAAUAUGCAGUCGUAAAAGCUACUGCGAGGAAUGUGGACGAGGUGAAACGAUGCAAAGCCAUGGUGGAAGCUAUUUCAGGAGAACUCAUUCAGUUUGACUUCCGUAACGGCCCACUGCGUCGUAAGUUUGACUCGGUCAAGUACAACUUGCGCAAGUUGGAGAACACGCUGUACGAGUUGUCGUUGGUCACGAACUCGGGGUUGACUCUGCAGGCCCACUCAGUGCACGAACCACUUGCAGCUUUGACGCACAAAGGUGAAGAAUAA